AUGAAUCAUUAUGAAUAAUAUGAAUAUUAGGACUGUUUUGAUGAUUCUAGACUUUAAGAUGCAUUCAAACAAACAGCCACUUUUUUCAAUCCUAACUAAUCAACACUUAAAAAUUCCAUAACUAGUUCUAAGGGAUCAGGAAGACCACAAAUGGAAUAAACAUUUAAGCCUGCUUAAACUCGUCUUAUUCAACAUGAUUCUCAGUAGAGUCUAAACAAAAGAAAUAAUGGAUAAUUUACACAGAAUAAGCUUAAUGCUUAACCAUCAAAAAUCACGUACCUACUCAUCCUAUAUCUAGUUCUCCUGUCAAAGUUAUAAAAGGUAUUAGUUAAAAGCCACAAUCUCCUCCAUAACUCUAUGAAUCACGCAAUAAAGUUACUUAUUAAGAAUAGAUCAAACGAAUUAAAGAAACAGACAUACGUGAUGAAUUCAUACACAUAAAUUAAUAAAAAGAAGCAUAACCUCCAAAACCUAUAAAUAAAAAUAUUUUAGGUUCACGUGUGCUUCGAUAAAAAAUUGAAGGAUCAUCCAAUACUGCUGAUUCUGCUGUGAGAGUCUAAUUUCAUACUAAAUAAAAUGAAUAAGACAAUAUAACUAGAUUAUCAUCAGAUUAAAUGGACUUUCCUAGUUAUAAAAAGUCUCUACUUGAAUCAGAGCGUUUCAAUAAUCGUUAGAAUUUAAAUGACCUUUUGAAAAAAAGUAAUUCCACUGCAUUUCUCCCUUAAAUCUAACCUAAAUUGUAAUAAGCCAAAAAUAUUCCAUAUGGGUAUGGACCUAUCUCAUAACAAGAUACUGCAAUAAGAACUAACUCAUCAAAACAAACAAUACCAGGAAAUGAAAUAAUAUAUGCUUAACCAGAAGAUUCUUUAAUGAGAAAAUCAAAAACUGCUUAAGAAACUAUGAGAGAAUCGGGUGGUUAAUAAAUAUAAGGCAAAAUUUAGUAUAAGUUAAAUAAUGCUGAAUCUCAAGAUGUAUUACCUUAAAUUCAUUCUCCAAAUUAAGGAACUUAGUAAGGAUUCUCUUAGAGUAAAGGCCGAUCUUUUUUGUAAAGAAAACCAUAGGCUAAGAUAAUCAGCAGAUUAUUUUCAUCAAAAUCUGAUAAUAAAAAUAAUUGA